AUGCAGGAUUCCUGGCUUAGCAGCAAAGCAGACAUGAUCCAGGGCUUUGCAGACAGAAAUGACAUGAAGAAUUUCUAUGACAGCUUGAAGGAAGUUUAUGGCCCUACUACUGCACGAACACUAUCUCCCCUCCUUAGUGCUGACGGGGCAACACUGAUCACCGACAAGGAAAAGGUAUUAGAGAGAUGGGGUGAACAUUUCGACAGCGUCCUGAAUAGGUCUUCCACCAUCAAUGGUGAAGCCAUCGAUAAGCUACCUCAAGUCCCCGUUGAGGAGUCAAUGGACGUCGCACCAACUUUGGAGGAAAUUCAGAAAGCAUGCCGCCUACUGUCCAGUGGCAAAACACCUGGUCCGGUCUUCAUUCCAGCUGAAGUAUUCAAAGAAGGUGGUAUAGCCUCGACCAGGAAAAUUCACCAACUAUUUCGGCUCAUCUGGAUGCACGAGACAGUGCCUCAAGACUUCAAGGACGCCUCCAUCAUCCACCUCUAUAAGCGAAAUGGAAACCACCAGGUCUGCGACAAUCAUCGCGGAAUUUCACUGCUGUCCAUCACAGGCAAGAUCCUGGCUUGA